AUGAUCGAGAGCGUGAUCAGCCGAAAGCAGGGCGUGCUCUCGUCGGGUGCAGUGACCAGCACGCUCGAGUCGGGUGUCCUCGCUCUCGCAAUCCAGUCGUGGCUCAAGGCUUACGGCACAGACGGCGACUCGGAGCGCGUCGCCAAUUUUACGGAAUACGCAGACUCGAUCGUGACGUCUAUUUCGCCUGCCUUCAAGAGCCCCGAAGCCGCUGCAAAAAUGCCCAUGGACCGGCUCACCAUCGGCCAGGCCCUGCUCCGUAUCAACGCAACUGAGGGCACCCUCACCGCAGCCGAUUCGGAGACUUUGUCGUUGCUCAACUCCUCGUUGACGUUGCAGAACCGCAACAAGUACAAUGGUUUCUGGUACUACGUUUACCCGAACUGGUCGUACCUCGAUGGCACUGUGUCGUUCCUGCCUUAUAUGGCUUCAGCACCGGGCUGGUCGUAUGAGGACAUGCUCCUGCAGAUUGAGCUGCUGUACCUGAACACCUACGACAAGUCCACCGGAUUGGUUGUACACGGCUACGACGCCUCCAAGACGGCGGUGUGGGCCAACAAGGUCACUGGUGCGAGUCCCUAUGUUUGGGGUAGAUCGCUGGGCUGGUACCUGGCCGGUCUUGUCAACGCGUGGGAGGAACUUGGAGACUGCCAUGGCAAAUCUAACGCCGAAUGUGUGCGUCUGACAGAUGCGAUCCAGCUCCAGGCCUCGCAACUGUGCAAGAGCAUCGCUACCUACGCCGACAAGGACACGGGUGUGUGGUGGCAGCUACCAACGUUCGGUGGCAAAAAGGGCAACUUUCUCGAGAGCUCUUCCACGAUGCUCUACACCUUUUCCAUUCUCAAGGGUCUGCGCCUCGGCCUUCUCAAAGACGAGGCCAGCAAGCUUGUCAGCACUGCGAUCAAGGCCUACAACUACACCGUCAAGAGUGGCGCUUUCCUCCUUGACUACCAUAACGGUACCCUGGGCUGGAACGGAACUGUGGCGGUCUGCAGCCUCAACUCGACGGCAACGUACGAGUACUAUGUCGGUAGGCCGAUCGUGCACAACCACGCACUUGGUGAGGGAGCAUUCAUUUUGGCGAGCUUGGAGAUGGAGCGUAUCACCAAUUAG